UGUGGCUUUAUUGUCUAUUUAAAUAACUUAACCCUUUAAGUAUGAAGAGAAAAGAAAGGACAAAAGUCAAGUACAGUAAACUAGUCAGCAUUUCAAAUGAUAGAGAAGAUGAGUAUCAUGACGACCAGUUCACAGAAAACAGUCCAGUCAAGAUACCUGUUCGUUCCAUAGUCUUGGCCACGUUCCUAUUUCUUGUUGGUAGUGUGUUACUGAUACUGGCUGGUCUAUUGAUUGGUGGAGUGUUUGGUGAUACACCUGAUGCUAGUUCAGCCCCUCUACUACUAAUAGGCUCCAUUACGUUUAUUCCUGGUUUUUAUCAUGUCCGGCUAGCGUAUUAUGCAUGGAAAGGCUACCACGGUUACUCGUUCAGUGACAUACCUAGUUAUGAUGACUGAAAUAUUAUGUCUUUGUCACUUUUUAAAUGCAAAUGAUUGUUAUUGAAAUGAUUGUUAUUGAAAUCAUGUUACAAUUUUAUAGGAAUUAUUAUAACUUAGUCU